AAAGUUAAGUAAAUAAAAGAAUGAAUAAUAAAAUGAGAUAACAAUUUGAAAAAAAAAUUAGAGAUACAUCUAUAGAUUUUCACAAGUCUGAUAUAAAAUUAUUGUUAGAUUGCUUGUAAUAGAAAAAAGCUCAUCUUGAAAUCUAAACUGAAUAAGAGUUUUCAAUUAGAUAACUCUAAAUCAACAAUAAACUACUUGAUGAAAAAGUUGAACUUCUCUAAAUUAAAGUUUAUGAUAAAAUUCAAAAUAUAAAAAAGUGCUUAGAAAUUUUUUUAACUGAUUAAGUUGAAGAGCUCGUUUGCCACUUAAAAAAAUAUGCUGAUAUAUGCUCUCGCUUAUUUAGACCUGCAUUUAUUCUGAAAGUUUUUGAUUCUUAUUACUUAGAUGAAGACAAAAUUUUUUAUAUCAUAGAAUACGAAGACUUCGAUUUUCAAAGUACUAUUUGUUACAAUAGCUAAUAAAUUGUAUGUGCUGCAGUUAAAUUAAUCAGAUAAUUUAUCUCAUAUAAUUAAUAUUUUAGUUUUUUAUAAUAAAUUUAACUCUUCAAUUAAGAUUAAAAUCUAAUGAUGAGUUUUAUAGAAAAAAGUUAAUAGAAAGCAGUUAUGUCUAAUUUAGAAAUAAUCAAAUCUCAUGUAUUGGAUAAUUUAAACGUAGUUGAGGAUUAUUUUGAAUUUUAUUUUGAGGAAAACUUCUUUGCUUAUUACUAAUAAAAUUAACUUAAAAAAUGUGGUUUUAAUAUUGUAUGCCAUAGGUUUGAUAAGGAAGAUGAAGCAAGACAAAUAUACCAAAAAAUAUAAGAAGCUAUUUCAAUGUGUAACGAAUCAAAGGCCAUAAUUACUCCAGUUAUUUAUAGCUAAAUUAUUUCAAAUAGUCAAGCUGCUGUGGUUAUAAGACAGAACUCUGUAACUUUUGAUAUAAAAAUUUAGGAUUCUAUUUACAAAAAGCUUCUAGACUACUUCUAUUCAUUAGAAAAAGGUGAUUAGCUCGCUAGUGAAUAAAAAAUUAAUAAAAUUAAUUUAUUCUUUGACCAACUAAAAAGCCUCAAUAGCUAAUUUGAAAAAGAAAAUGGCAUUAGUUUUAAGCCAAUGUUUUUAUAGGGUGGAUAAGCUCUAUAAAUAGAUGAAAUUAAAAUAGAAUAGUUUAUGAAGCUCAUUGAUAUUUUAAAAUAAUCUUCAUUUGAUCUCAAAUUAUUCGACUUAAAAUCUGGUUGUAGACUAAAAGAAAGCGUUAUAUUUAGAAAUCAAAAGCCUGGGAAAAAACCAACAAAGAUACUUGUAGAGGAUAAGUUUGUUGAUGAUUCUAUUUUAAAUAAUUUUCCAAAUUAUCCUAUUAACUACAUUUAACUAAUCAAAACAUAGAAUGAAAAAAAAUCUCCUUAACAAUUAUCUAACUCCAUAACUAUUUAAAAUAAUAGAAAGUUUAGUAAUCAAAGUGGAGAUAAUCAAAGUUUGAUAAAACCUUUAAAUCAAGGAAUUUUUAGUGGUUAAUAAAAUUAAUCUUUAUUUAAUAAUCCUUCUUAGCCAAUGUUUAGCUCCAUGAUUAAUUAAAAUACGAAAAGUGUUUUUAACAAUUAAAAUGAAGAUAAUAAAAGCUCCAUCAAGCCUUUUAAUCAAAACAUUUUUAGUGAUUAAAAAAAUGUACCAUUGUUUAUCAAUAACAAAAAUUCUGAUUAACCUUUAUUUAGCUCUGUUACCAACCAAAAUAGCAGUAUAUUCAGUAAUCAAAAUGGAAAUAACCAGAGUUUCAUCAAGUAAUCAAAUGAUGGAAUUUUUAGUGGUUAAUAGAAUUAAUCUUUAUUUAGUAAUCCUUCUAAGUCACUAUUUAGCUCUGUUACAAAUUAAAAUACUAAUAGCGUCUUUAGCAAUUAAAAUGGGGAUAAUAAAAGUACCAUCCAGCCUUCAAAUCAAGGAGUUUUUAGUGACUAAAAAAAUUUAUCAUCUUUUAAUAACAAAAAUCCUGAUUAACCUUUAUUUAGCUCUGUUACCAAUCAAAAUAGCAGUAUAUUCAGUAAUCAAAAUGGUAAUAACCAAAAUUCCAUCAAGCCAUUAAAUGAUGAAGUUUUUAAUUGUUAACAAAAUGAAUCCUUGUUUAAUAAUCCUUCUUAGAGAUUGUUUUGCCCCAAAACCAAUCAAAAUGAUAUGUUAUUUAAUAAAUAAAAUUAGGUAAGCCUUUUUAAUGGAUUAAAUACUUAAAAUUAAACUACUAAUUAGUCACAGUAAAUGAAUUAGGUUAUAUUUAGCAAGUAACCAAUCUAGCCAAUUUCAUUAUUUUAAAACUAGAAUUAAGACAAUUCAGCAAAGUUUACUCUAAACUCACAUGUUCAAAAUUUAAAUUUUACUAAUAUUCUAAAUGACUAAGAAAUAUACGAAUUAGAAUAAAUAAUGAAAGAAUAAAUUGGAUAAUAUUUAAAUUUUAUUAAUAACCAAACCCAAAUUGACUAAAUUUUAGUCAAUGAAAUAUUCACUGAGAUAUAAAAAGUUACUAUAAACACAUCAUCUAAAAAGAAUUAAAUUUUACUGAUGACUCUAAAUGUUUAAGUACCUUUUCUAACAAAGCUUACUAUUAACUAAUGA